AUGACUACCACUUUUGAUACAUUACAGAUUGAAGUAACGGAAUUGCUGGAAAAUAUUUCAAUCGCCCUGCAUUAUUUACAAAAACUAGAUUUAUUUUCUGCAACCAAUUGCGAACUGCGAAUUUUCCAGAAAGACAUCACAGCACUGACAGGCGCAGUAACAAAUCUCAAAUACAAAAUACAGAAAACAUUCAAAGAUAUCACUUUCCAGGAAGAUAUCCAGUGUUUAACAUCAAGUAAAGAGAGUAUUUGCGGGCUAAGUUCGAAAGAAAUGGCGGAUAAAACAUGGCGUAAUAUCCAAGAACCUAAAGAACUAGAUGAAACACAAAGUGAAUCCGUCGUUUUUCAUCACCGUUUCGCAGCUGGCUCUUCCAUUAUUGCUUCCGAAGGACAUCUACGACAGGAAGAAGUAAGACUAAAGGGAAAAAAAAAGAAACCUGGAAAAACCGAUCCAAGUGUCUUCGAAGAGAUUAUUCAAGAUUCCGGGUACAAUAAUUUGGAAUCGAAGCAGUUGGCAAAUCCGUCGAGCUAUGAUUUUUCAAACAAUACUGAGGCCCCAACAUUUCUCCUUUCCUCUAGAGAAGAAAAUGUUAAAAAAUGGAGGGAAAUGAAAAAUAUAAAACCUAAAGAAAUCAGAUAUUCAAAGAACAUGAAGGAAAUUGUUGAGCCAAUGACAUUUUUCAAGCCAGCCGAUAAGUUUCAGUUUCAAUCGAAACAAAACAAACAGAUCAUGAGUGACAAAAGGAAAAUAUUUCAAGUUAAAGAGAGAAUCAAUAUCAGACAGGAUUGA